UCAUUCCUUCCUUUUCUGGGUACUCUUGUUCCUGCGUAUAUAUCUACGCAUAGUCCUUCUUUUUUUACUAUCCUACUGAGUUCACUCCUUUAAUCAUCAAACUUACGUCGAAGGCUUUGCCGUCUCGCUGUAUCUCACUUGCAUUGCAUAUCAUAUCAACAUCAACCUUACCUCGACAUCUUCAAUUACCCUUUUCGGAUUAUCCAAUCGCCUUAAGAACAAUUUCAUCAAAAUGCGUUCCAUCUUCUACUUGACUCUCAGCGCCAUGGCGUCUCUCGCUGCGGCUGCUACCGGCGCCAACCCGUUCAACAUUCCCGCCGAGGGUUAUUCGUUCGAGGCUGGUGAGCCGACUACGCUCAGCUGGAAGCCUACCACCGAGGGCACCGUCUCCCUGAAGCUCCAGUGGGGUGCUGUGCUGACUGCGAACACGGGUACUACCAUUGCCAAGAACAUUGCCAACUCGGGCAGCUUCACAUGGACACCCCCUGCCAAUCUCGCCGCUCAGCCUGACUACACCAUUGAGAUCUUCAACGACGAUGAUACCAGCGAGGUCAACUACCUCCCGCGGUUCACCGUGGCCGGUGCUACUGCCGCCCCGUCGACCACCGCGUCUGCCACCACUACCGCUGAGACUACCUCUGCCACCGAGUCCGCGACUGAGACGACCACCAACACCAAGUCCGCCACCGAGACUCACACCACUUUGACUAAGGCGACUGCCAGCACUGCCUCGGGCACUGCCUCAGCUACUGCCUCUGGCACCAGCACCGAGUCCACUAGCGCCUCUGCCAGCACCACCGGCACCUCGACUGGCUCUGCCUCGACCUCCACUGAGGCCUCCAGCACUACCUCCGCCAGUGCCUCGGCCUCGACCACCACCGUUGCCAGCGUCAAUGGCGGUAUGGUUAACCGCGUCUCCGGCGGCAUGCUGGCGAUCGUUCUGGGUGCCAUUGCCGUGCUGUGAGCCUCCUACGGACUCCAGUCGGCCAUCUGACCAUACUUUAUUAAUCAGAUAGUUAACUACUCUUCUAUCGUUUCUCUUCGGUCUUCU